UCUUGCCUCGUCGGGAUUUCCUCGCCGAUGGUCUCGACACCUCGCACCCACAUUCACCACCAUUGACUGCAAAUUCAAUCGCGCUUUUCCGUCCCUCGGCAUUUGCGAUCCAGGACAACGUGGAGAACCUUUGCUAGUCGAACCCACCGGAGUGGAUCUAUCAUAGACGUCACUCUUUACAUAUCGCAUCCAUCAUAAACGGCCCCUCCCAGCGACUUGGGAAAAGACACCACAUGCACACCUUGAAUUGAUUCUUCACCAUGGCGCCUACCUACAAGCAGUGGACGACGGAACUCGAUGGCGUGGACAAGCUGAAGAUGGGCGAGGCCCCCAUGCCGGGCGACCUCCAGCAGGGCGAGGUGCUCGUCAAGAUCCGCGCUGUGAGCCUCAACUACCGCGACAUUGAGGUCGUCUCGGGCGACUAUGCCCACCACCAGUCUCUGACGCAGUCCUCCUCUCUGGUCCCCUGCUCCGACAUGGCGGGCGUCAUCGUCUCGUCCAAGUCGUCCCGGUUCCAGGAAGGCGACCGCGUCCUCUCCAUCUUCAACCAGACGCACAUCAAGGGCCAGGUCAAGGAGUCUGACAUGGCCUCGGGCCUGGGCUUUCCCCUGAGCGGCGUCCUGGCCGAGUACCGCGUCUUCGACGGCGAGGGCCUGGUCAAGUGCCCCGACUACCUCAGCGACGAGGAGGCCAGCACGUUGCCCAUUGCGGCGGUGACAGCGUGGAUGUCGAUCAACACCUUCAACCCCCUCGGGCAGUACCUCGACGUGUCCGCUUCUUCGGACACCAAGAAGCCGACGCUCCUCGUCCAGGGCACGGGUGGCGUGUCCGUCGCCGGUCUGCAGAUUGCUCGCGCGGCGGGGCUCAACACCAUUGUCACCUCCUCGUCCGACGAGAAGCUCGCGCGCGCGACCAAGGACCUCGGCGCGGGCACGACAGUCAACUACCGCACGCACUGGGAGUGGCAGGAGGCCGUGAUGAAGGCCACCGACGGCGCGGGCGCGGACAUCAUCUUCGAGACGGGCGGCGCCAAGACGCUGCGCAAGUCGUUUGACUGCAUCGCCUUUGGCGGCCUCAUCUCCUGCAUUGGCUACCUCUCCGGCAAGGAGGACGGCAGCGACGAGGUGAACCGGCUCAACAUCAACGUCCUCGCGCUCCGAAGAAACGUCACCCUCAAGGGCAUGCUCAACGGGCCCCGGGAGCGGUUCGAGGAGAUGCUGGACUUCUACGCGAAAAAGGGCAUCAAGCCCGUCGUGAGCAAGACGUUUACCUUUGACGAGGCCAAGGACGCCUUUGCCUUUGUCCGGGACGGGCAGCACUUUGGCAAGGUUGUGAUCAAGGUAUCUACGUAGCCGUUCAGUCUAGAAUAGAAUUAGACAAUAAAACAAGCUUGCAUCAACCCUGGGUCGAUGCAACACGCCACGCGUGCGGCUGAACCCGCCCGUCCAACGGCAGUUACUCUCUUGCCGCGAGGGCGGUCUAGGUGCAUUUCAGCUGGUAGGGGUCACAAGCG